AUGGCGGCGGCGGCGGCCUCGGCGGGCCCGGCGGGCCCCGAGCCCAUGCCGAGCUACGCGCAGCUGGUGCAGCGCGGCUGGGGCAGCGCGCUGGCGGCGGCGCGGGGCUGCGCGGACUGCGGCUGGGGGCUGGCGCGCCGCGGCCUGGCCGAGCACGCGCACCUGGCGCCCGCGGAGCUGCUGCUGCUGGCGCUCGGCGCGCUCGGCUGGACCGUGCUGCGCUCCGCGGCCACCGCGCGCCUCUUUCGGCCCCUGGCCAAGCGGUGCCGCCUCCAGCCCAGAGAUGCCGCCAAGAUGCCUGAGAGCGCCUGGAAGUUCCUCUUCUAUCUGGGCACCUGGAGCUACAGUGCCUACCUGCUCUUUGGCACCGACUACCCCUUCUUCCACGACCCACCCUCUGUUUUCUACGACUGGGCGCCGGGCAUGGCGGUGCCCCGGGACAUCGCGGCUGCCUACCUGCUGCAGGGCAGCUUCUACGGCCACUCCAUCUACGCCACGCUCUACAUGGACGCCUGGCGCAAGGACUCGGUGGUCAUGCUCGUCCACCACGUGGUCACCCUGGUCCUCAUCGUCUCCUCCUACGCCUUCCGGUACCACAACGUGGGCAUCCUGGUGCUCUUCCUGCAUGACAUCAGCGACGUGCAGCUGGAGUUCACCAAGCUCAACGUCUACUUCAAGUCCCGGGGGGGCUCCCACCACCCUCUGCACGCCCUGGCGGCCGACCUGGGCUGCCUCAGCUUCAGCCUCAGCUGGUUCUGGUUCCGCCUCUACUGGUUCCCACUGAAGGUCCUGUACGCCACGUGCCACUGCAGCCUGCGCUCCGUGCCCGACAUCCCCUUCUACUUCUUCUUCAACGCGCUCCUGCUGCUGCUCACCGCCAUGAACCUCUACUGGUUCCUGUACAUCGUGGCUUUUGCUGCCAAGGUGCUGACGGGCCAGGUUCGGGAGCUGAAGGACGUGCGGGAAUACGAUGCAGCGGAGAGCCCCAAGCCCAGCAAAGCUGAGUGA